AUGUUUCCUAACACUCUUUGCACGACACAGCACUCAGUUGUCUUAUUUGUAAAUCAUGAACUGUGUGAGGGGAUUAAUUUCUCGCUUGGAGAUAAUCUCCCUUCUGACAUGGCGAUGAUUAUACAUAUUAACACGGCUGCUGUACGUCGUAAAGCACGUCGCUAUAAUGGGCUUUAUGAACUACAAUUUGUAAUGCAUCUUCAAGAAGAUAAUCUUACUGAAAAUGAAAGAGGACGAAUGGUUGUACGCGUGUUAUUACCAUCUUCUGAGUCACACUACCUCGGGCCAUUAUUCUCUUCAAUAUAUCCCGUGACAUCAGCUGUUUUGGUGGAUGACGUACCAGAGACCCUGAAACUCUGUUUUUCUCUUGAUACUGGUGUUCCUGUUGAUAUGGUAGCUGCAUGGCCAGCGGAGAUGCUUCUCGUGGAUCACGUAAUGGCAAUUCUUGACAAUGAUGAUUUCUCUGGAUCACUUGCUUCUUCACAUGUACAAAAUCUUGUACGAGAAUUACCGUUUUAUGCCAGUGGUAUGAGACGUUUUAAAAACUGGUCAGAUUUUGUUCGUUUCUUUUCAACACAUUAUUAUUCAUGGCAACUUGUGCAAUACUCAAAUGAAUUGCAUGAACAACUGGGUUUCAGUAAGUUAAUGCUGGCUGGAGAGCUUCGAUUAGUCUCUAAACAUUUCAUAAAUUCAUAUAUAAUGGCUGACAAGGCGAGGGAUUUGAUUCGUUAUGAGGCUUUUUUGGAGUUUCAACAGUUGUUGCUCUCUUUAGCAGGACCCCCUGAUGUUUCUAAACGCAAUCCUAAACUUAACAGUGACGCCUUUAAGAUUCUGGGUGAAUCACGUAGUUUUCGAACGCUGAACACGGUAAACUAUAUUCGGAUCCUUAAGCUCGUAGCACUUGACCCCAAGCGUUACGUUCUCUUUGAUCCGCUUCACCCUAUUCGAAUAGAUUGGAAACGUUCUGACGAGACUACACCUGGUAUUGCAGACAUGAUCCCAGUAUGA